GCAGCGAUACCCUCCAACUGAGAGCAAGGGAGGGACGUGGCCAUGGAUAGCGGCUGAAGUGGUUAUCCUGGGGGAGAGAGAGAGGGGGGAAUGCGGUACCUGAGGGGAAGCAGCAGCGUUGCGAGGCCUGUGUGUGCGGUGACAGCUGUUACCACCGCAAAGGAAGAGUAUUCGCAUGAGUUGAUACCUCCUUCUCCUUUGCAAUUGGAGGAUGCUGAUAAAGGAGCUGCACAGACAUCGGUACACUCUCUGUGACUGCUGACUGACCUGCUCUGGCUGCAGAGGUGGCUACUUUGCACCUUACAGAUACAAUAUGUCUUUUUUUGGAGAACACUUCUGGGGGGAUAAAAACUCUGGCUUUGCUGUUUUGUACCAUAAUAUGAAACAUGGACAACUAUCUGUCAAAGAACUGGCAGACUUUGUGCGAGAAAGGCUAUUGCUGGGGCAAGUCUGGCUCCCAAUAGCAGCCAUUGAGGAAUCGUACUCAAAAUCCAUGCAGAAACUGUCCAAGAUGGUCAGCAGUGGGAGCCAUUUAGGGACAUUUGCCCCAAUGUGGGAGAUGUACAGGGUGUCUUCAGACAAGCUAGCUCUCUGCCACCUGGAACUGAGCAAGAAGCUGCAUGAUCUUAUCAAAGAGAUCAGUCGGUAUGGAGACGAACAAAUCAAAAUGCACAAAAAGUCCAAAGAUGAGAUGUCCGGUACACUGGAGGCCAUACAGUUACUUCAGUGCAGUUCCCAGAUGCUGCAGAAAUCAAAGGACAAUUACUGUACCAAAUUCUCUGAGCAGGAGCGCCUCAGAAGAGAGGGCUUGCUGCAAAAAGAGUUAGAAAAGGCAGAACGAAAGACUAGAAAAGCAGCAGAGUCCCUGCGCUGUUCAGUUGAGAAGUAUAAUGCAGUACGCAAAGAAUUUGAGCAAAAGAUGUUGCAGUCAGCACAGACAUUCCAAGAUACAGAGGCCACUCAUCUUAGACACAUGAAGCGACUUGUCGCUGCCUACUCUCACUCUGUGGAGGACACUCAUGUUCAGAUUGGACAGGUUCAUGAGGAGUUUAAACACAACAUGGAAAAUGUUGCUGUAGACAAAUUGAUCAGAAAAUUUGCAGAAAGCAAUGGGACAGGAACAGAUAGGCCAGAGCCAGUGGAAUUUGAAGGUUUCCGUUUUCCGGCUUCUUUAGAAGGUGUGAAACGUAUGUGGUCUAAGCCUUUUCGUAUUCGUGGUCUGAGCAGAAGAGAGAAAGAAGCACAUCCUGUGGAAUCAUCAGAGUUAAACAGUGUGAAUCAUCCAGAUGUAGAUGAAGAAGGUUUUACUAUUCGACCAGAUGAUAAUUUGAACAGGAAUUCUGUUCAAUGCUGUUCCUCAAGUGAUUCUGAUUUCGAUGAUGAUGGAGAAGAGCCUCGCCGGAUCAGAUUUCAGAUCAAACCCCCCCAGAGCAGUGACAAUGUCAAAGACCAGGAGACAGAAAUGAAGCGCCUUAGGGAAUCUGUAGAAUGUAUUUUACAGCCCCCCUCAGCAGUGGUAUCUAUUAGGCGUCAAAACAUACGAACUGCAGGGGCUGUGGAUAUUUCUUUAGGAGACCCACAAAUAUUAAGUCAAACAGAAAAAGCAGCUGAGAGUCUUUCUGAUACCCCUCCUUCGUCUCUCACAAGCAGCUGUGAUACUAAUUCAAUGAAUCACUCCCAGUCAUUAUUUGGUCCUCUUCUUGAAUCUCUCUUCGAGUCCGAUGACUUUACAGGGUGUAGGAACUGCACUCUCACUUCUAGUCCAUCUCCCUUCUCCUCCUCCUCCCCAGAGAAUGUGGAAGAUUCUGGAUUGGAUUCUCCUUUCCAUCCAUUCUCUGGGCCUUCCCCUGAUUCUCGCCCCUGGACUCCACGUGAUGAUUUCUCCACUGGUGACUCACUUCUUGCUGCACAGUCUUGUGCAGAAUCUCCUCCAGAUUGUGAAAUUGUUCCAGUAACAGAAUCAAAAGCAUUAGGCAACAAGAAUGCCUCUGAACAAAUACUUACUGCUCCCAGUAUUUCAGCAUCUGACUAUACCACAUGUGAAGCUGAUUCUUGGGACUCUUCAGACUAUAAUCUGUCUUUGCCUCCACCCACAGCACCACGUCUUCAACGAAGCUGUAAUAUGACUGCUUCACUUAAUCCUUCCUUGCUGACCCCGAGUGCUCCUUCCUCAGUUCACAGUGACCGCGGCUUGUCCCCAUUUUCUUUAGGUGCUGGAACAUCCCUAGGAUUGUCUCGUGGUCCCAGUCCUGUUGUGUUAGGUUCUCAGGAAUCACUCCCUGUGGCUGCUGCUUUUACAGAAUAUGUCCAUGCUGUGUUUGAAGCAGGGGCCCUCGAAGGCUCCAGUGUGCGGAUUUCAGGAGAACUCACCAUGUCCUUUCCAGCAGGCAUUCUCCGGGUGUUUGCAAGUACCACAACACCCCCUGUUCUCAGCUUCAAAUUGAUCCACACUUCACAUGUGGAACACUUUGCUCCCAACUCUGAGCUUUUGUAUAGUGACCUGUCCCAGAGUGACCCAAACAGCAGGGACUUCUGGCUAAACAUGGCUGGUCUGACCUCUUAUCUGAAUAACAUGGCAGAACAGCACACAGCUCCUUACUACAAUGUCACACUGCUCAAGUACCAGGUAUUGAAACCAGGCCUCUCUGCUGCUCCAUUAUACCUUACAUCAUCUUGGAAGUGUGGUCCAUCCUCAACAGACCUAUGCUUGGAGUAUAGACAGAACAUUGCUUUCCUGUGUGAUGUGCAAAUUGUGUUGCCUCUGGAUGAACCAUUUUCUAACUUGCAGUCUGACCCUCCUGCUCGCUGUGCUGAACAGAGAUUACACUGGCAGAUCCCUCAUGAGCCUGCCGGGAAUGAACAUGAUGGUUGGGGGCGAAUUUAUGCCCGUUGGCUGCCACUUCAUGCUCCAAGCAGACCCACCCCUGCUGUGGCACAGUUUACUUCUGAGGGCAGUACACUGUCUGGUGUAGACAUGGAACUGGUGGGCUCUGGAUACAGGAUGUCUUUGAUUAAGAAAAGAUUUGCAGCAGGUAAAUAUAUUGUGUGCUGAUAGAUCAUGUCACCUUGCACUACUCGUCACCACUUGAACCUUCCCUGAAUUCCUGCCUCAUUCAAGAAUCAGCAUGAAGCUACUUUGUGCAGGAUGACAAGACCAUCACUUGAGUAUUUCAGCCUUCCUAAAGGGAGUACAAAAGUAAACGCUCACCUAUGGUUAAAGAAAAUGUUUGUAUCUAACUUUCUUAUUAUGAAAUAAGCACUUUAAGGUAUUUAGACUCAGGAUGGUGAAAAAGCAGCAGUUCUAUAUUAAAAAAAAAAAAAAAAGCAACUGGUUGCAAACACUGGAUUCCCGCUGAGGAAUGUCAGAAUGUUACAUUGGUCGUUUAUCAAGCAGGGAGAUGUCAAGUGCAUUGUUUGAGAUUUUAUGAAACGGUAUGUACAGGGUCCUCAUCCAAAUGACUGCUUUCAAUAUAUUUUUGGAUAUUCUGCUUUAUUGAUUCUUGUUCUAAUGAAAUAUAUGAAGUGAAGAGAAUGAAUGUGUGGUGCAGUUUGUUGAAUGUGUAGAGCGCGCUCGGGCAUAAUUAAGUAUUAAGAAAUGUGUGCGUGUAUAGCACGACAUGCAACUAUUUCCAGUACAUGUACAUGUAUAUACAGUGUGUAUGUAUAUAUUUAUAGAUAUAUAUUGUGUGUACAGGAAAUAAAGUUUGGUUCUGUGAGAUGUG